AUGGCAUCCAAACUACCCAGGAUAUCCAAUAUCAACCAUGCUGCCGGCAUCUAUGCUGACAUGUCGGUGGAUGGUCCCGCAAUCGGCACGCUGGUCGCUGUCAUUGACCGCGCGAAGAAUCUGCCUAAUAGAAAGACUAUGGGGAAACAGAAUCCGUACUGUGCUGCGCGGUUAGGGAAGGAAGCUAAGAAAACAGAGACUGACCUGCGGGGAGGUCAGACGCCAAAAUGGGACCAUGAGCUUCGAUUCACAGUGCACGAAUCGCCCGACUACUUCAGACUCAAGGUAUCGAUCUUCAACGAUGACAAGAAGACCGACCUGAUCGGCGAAACCUGGAUCGAUCUGAGAGACUUGAUCAUCCCCGGAGGAAGCCAGAGCGACCAAUGGCAUCCGCUGCAGUACCGAGGAAAGUAUGCUGGGGAGGUUCGCAUCGAGAUGACUUAUUAUGAUACCAGGCCAGAGGACGAGGCGGUGAUUGAACGGCGAUUGCAAGCCGCCGAGAAGAUCCAUGCCAAGAGCAGUGGUUCAGCGAGACCGGCCCCGGCCGCCCCUGUCAGCUCGUCUUCUCUGUCGGGCCCUCGCCAGCUCGAGAAGGUCAAGAGACGCCCACUUCCUAGCGACCCUACCGCCUCGACUCCCGCGCGUCCGGCGCCCCCCGAAAAGGCUCCCUCGGCGCCCUUGCCGUCCCAUCCUGCUCCAGUGAGACCAGUUCAUCACGAACAUGCUCAUUCCACACCUGCCCUGAAUGGCGCCGAUCACAUGCGCUAUUCGCAAAGACAAGCACCUGAGGCUCCCUACGAUGCAUAUACAUCCGCAUCGCAGGUUCCGCCCCCGGCAAAGGUGUAUGACACGCCGGACGACUUCCAUAGAGAAUGGAGUCACGCGGCGCCGGCCCAUGCCGCACCAGCACCUCUAAGGCGAGCUCCACAGGAAGAGGGCUAUCCGUACCGUGAGAGACCGGAUGCUUAUGACAAUCGGCAACAUGCACGGCCGCGUUCCGGCUAUGGCAACGGACCGGCUCCGGAUUACCGCUCUACGCCCACAAGCAGACCAGACCACCAGUCCCAACCAGCGCCGGACAUGCACACAAGACAUCCAUACGAAUCAACUUCCCGCCCGACCAGUCAUCACAGCAAUCGUCCAUUCCCUGCACCAGAGCAGUACGGAUAUGAAGGAGACGCGAUACGUCAUGGACACGAAGUUGCCCAAUACUCCCCCCAUUCAUCGACGAGAUCGUAUAAUCCCCCCACCGCGGAUUACGCGCAUAGCGCUCCUGGUCCGGCCCCGGAAGCAGAACAUCACUACCGUCUGCACAGCAACUCGGUAGCGAGCAUCAACAGUCGGCACCGCAAUUCCGUUGCGCACGAAUAUGCAGCGAUGCAGCCCCGCGUGGACGACGAAGAAGAGGAGGGACCUCCACCUCCGCCCCCUGCCCAUCGGUCAGGCCUGGUCCAACCGAGUCAACAGUUAGUACCGUCACCAGCUUCCUCGUACAAAGCUUACUCCCCAGAGUUUGCACCGUCCCCCCGCAAUACCAACGAUAUGACCGCGCUCCCGCCGCUUCACCCGUCGCACGGGAACCGCCUGCAGGACCACCCUCAUAUGAAGAAUCCAUCGGUGCCGCGCAGCCUGGUCGCCGGCUUUGACCCGGCAAUUGCCGCGGCGGAGGCCCCUCGUGCUGUGCAGGAAAGCCAAGCGAACCGGCGGCUCAGCUUCUUCGAGGACGCCAUGAUCCGGACUACCGAAUCGAAGCCUGCCGCACUACCGUACCCUCAUGAUAUUUCAUCGCCACCCACCGACCCCCGUCGUUCCUUGGUUCUUAAGUCGGCCAGUUCUGACUCUCGCAUCGUUCCUCGGCGCAAGUCGGUCAGUCCACGACCACCAAGCACGGCAGAGCGCCAGGUGUCCCAGAUUCCCUUCUCACCAGACUCGUACGAUGCGCUGAAUCCAAACGCGGCACGAUCCGCCGUCACCCGCGACCCAGCACCGGCGUACGAGACAGUCGCGCAGGCGAUGCAGACGGCCCGACUCAAUGAGAUGAAGCCCGAUCCCUCAGGGCCUAUUAUCGGUGACGAUGGGCGAGAGAUUGAUCCCUCGGAUCAUCUUCCUUCGGACACGUGGGCGCCAGAGCCGGAACGCAAGAACAAGAAGCCCGAGGUGAUUGUCCGCUUCAAGCAUCCUUCCGCCAGGGACGUUGCGGGAGCGCGUCCCCGGUCCAGCGGGGGAUUGUCACACAACGACAGUCUACAGUCAUACGCACAGCCAAGCCGGACCUCCCCGGGUGCAGAGUACACGGAGCGUGGACGCCAGGAAUACGGAGGAUAUGGGCACGGACGAAACUAUAGCACGACUGACACGGCACGGCCACGAUCUUCGCACCGCAAGUCCGUCUCGCCAGCGCCGAGUGCGCGCUCCGCACACUCUGUUUCUAGCCUGUACGCGCCCGUCAACCACGGGCCGCCGAUCCCGGCCAAAGUCCCCAUUGCACCUCCCGCGGGCCCAAGCUACCCCGUGAUGGGCGGCAACACCGGCAUGGAUGCACUGAGUCGGGAGCUGAACAGCAUUGACCUGGGGUCUGUGGGAUGUAGUGUCGUUCGAGCGCCGCGCAAAUACAUUCCCAAGACGAUAACGACCGGGUACGCUAUGUGA